AUGCAGAGUCCUGAGAUUAUCGUCAUCGGCGCUGGUCCCUCGGGGAUUGCACUGGCGCAUACGCUCAAGCACAAACUGGGCUUCACCGACUUUACUAUCUACGACCGAGAUGAAGGGCCAGGGGGAACCUGGAGGCAGAAUACCUAUCCUGGAGUCGGAUGCGACGUUCCAACCAUCCUCUAUUCCUUCUCCUUCAACCAGAACCCGAACUGGUCCAAAGAACUAUGCGAAGGCCCCGAGAUCCUGGAAUACAUGGAGGCAACGGUCGACAAGUUUGACCUCCGCAAACACAUGCAAUUCGGGAUAGAAUGCGUCUCCACCUCGUGGGAUGAACAAGGCUUCUGGGAAGUCCGCCUCCGCGACACCAGGACUGGCUUCGAGUACACACGCAAUGCGACCGUCUUCAUAUCCGCUGUCGGAGGAAUCUCGAAGCCUCGCGAUACGAAGUUCCCUGGCAUGGACAAGUUCCAGGGCGAGAUUUUCCACACAGCUCGCUGGAACCACAAGUACGACUACCGGGGCAAGCGGCUGGCGGUGAUUGGCAACGGAUGCAGUGCUGCGCAGGUCGUCCCUGCAGUGGCAAAGGACGCUGGCUUCGUCAAGCAGUACGCUCGCAGUGCGCAGUGGUACCACGAGCGCCCGAAUCGAAACUUUACGGCCUUUGAGAAGUUCUGCUUUCGGUACAUUCCGCUCUGGGAGAGGUACAUCCGACUGCGCAUCUUCCUCAUGAGCGAUGGCCUGGUCGCAACUUAUAUGCCCGGCCCAGCUGCGGAGAAGCUGAGGGCAAAGGCCGAACAAGGGGCGCGAAAGUAUAUCCACUCGAUGGCGCCUCGCAAGUAUCAUGAUUUUAUCGUUCCAGACUUUCCACUCGGCUGCAAGCGGCGCAUCUUUGAUCCCAACUACCUGGAGAGUCUUCACCGCAGCAACGUGGAAGUCGCUCCUGUGGGCAUUGACGCGAUAGACGAGACAGGAAUCACCAGCAGCGACGGCAAGCACACUGAAUUCGACGCCAUUGUUUUGGCCACUGGGUUCGACGUCCAACAGUUUCUCGUUCCAAUGGAGGUUUACGGUAAAAAGGGCAAGAGCUUGACCGACCAGUGGAGAGAGAGCCGAGGAGCACAGGCUUACAUGGGCACAUAUGUUCAUAAUUUUCCCAACUUUGCCAUGCUCUUUGGGCCGAACACGUUCCCUGCACACAACUCAGUUCUCUUCGCUUCCGAGGUGCAGGUAGGAUACAUUGCCCGGACUCUAGUCGCGCCUAUCAUUGACAGGCGCAUCUCUUCUCUGGACGUCAAGGGCACAGUAGAGGACCAGUGGGUGAACGCUCUGCAGGCGGAUUUGAGGGGAACUGUGUUUGAGGCUGGGUGCUCCAACUGGUACAUUAACAAGCAUGGUCGCAACUCGGCCUCGUGGCCUGGGUACGCGUCCACGUACUGGAAGGAAUCGUUGAAGCCGCAAAUUGGUGUCUUUAAUACUUUUCCGGGCUCCAGGCUGUGGGUGUUCAACAUGUUGGCGAGAUGGCUGCGGACGACCCCAAAGGAGAGCUAUGCGGUGCUGGUCCUUGCCCUCGCUGGCCUCGUGUGGAAGAAGAAUCUUGGCUGGGCUGGCUCCCUGCGAGAGCUGUAUGGCACUGCCAUCCGCCUUGUACGAUAA